CUGGCUUCUGGAUGGCCCAUAACGUGCCACCAAUCUAUCGCACUGACAAACCCUCGAUCCCACCACGACUCGCGCCGUCUUGUGACUAGCCAGUAGCAGCGCAUCCAUUGAGACACGAAACCCUGCUCUUCUCUUUGGCUCUGUGCCCCCCGUGGCCUAGCUGUGCUUUAUACUUCCUUCCCGGACCCGCGACGAGGAAUUGGACUGUCAUCAGAAAGGUGCACGCUCCCCGUUCGAGAAGAAAAAGAAAAAAACCCGCUCCGGUUCCUUUAUCCGUUCGAGUUUGGGUUGGGUUUUGAUCGGGGCAAGGGUGGGUGUGUGCUAGGUCGGUCGGCCUAAAGCCAUAUCACAGCUCACCACCGUGCGCGCAACGCAAAGAUUACCUACCUUGCUACAAUGGAGGACUUACCAAAUGCCGAACAACCGCCCCUCGACUUUCCCCCGCAAUAUCACACCGGUCGCGUACCGAAUAGCAAGGCCGGAGAUGGCAAGCCACGGCUUCUGCUUAUGGGCCAGAGGAGGAGUGGGAAGUCGUCGAUAUCGAGUGUAGUCUUUCACAAGCUGCCGCCAAGCGAGACGCUAUACUUGGAAACCACGUAUAGGAUCAAGAAAGAGUCGAUGCACUCCUUUAUGGAUUUUCAAGUUUGGGAUUUGCCCGGCCAUCUGGACUACUUCGAUCCGGCUUUCGACACGGACAACAUCUUCGAAGAAAUCGGAGCUCUCAUCUGGGUCAUUGACGCGCAAGAUGAGUAUCUCGAUGCCAUUUCUCGGUUAAACAUGACCAUACUCAACUUGCAGAAAUCAUACCCCAAUAUCAACAUCGAAGUCUUUGUACACAAAGUGGAUGGUUUAUCAGAUGACUUCAGAGGAGACACCUUCCGGGACAUCAUCCAGCGCGUGCAAGACGAGCUGAGCGACCAUGGAUACGAGCAAGCGCCAAUCUCCUUCUACCAAACGAGCAUCUACGACCACUCCAUCUUCGAAGCCUUCAGCAAAGUCAUCCAGAAGCUCAUCCCGCAACUCCCGACACUUGAAGCCUUGCUCAAUAAUCUUUGUGGCGCAUGCAAUAUCGAAAAGGCGUACUUGUUCGACAUCAUGAGCAAGAUCUAUAUUGCCACGGAUACAAGUCCUACCGAUAUUGGCAGCUACGAGAUUUGCUCCGACUACAUCGAUGUGAUUAUCGACGUCAGCGAAAUCUACGGAUGGGAUCGGCCAGACGAACUGCCGGACUAUAGCGAGACGGGCAACAAUGACGCGGAGAGCUUGAUUACUAUGGAGAAGAAGAACAGCAGAUAUUUAUAUCUUCGCGAGAUCAACAAAUAUCUCGCAUUGGUGUGCAUCAUGGGCCAGGACAACCCUGCAGAGAAAAAGGCAAUCAUCGACUACAACGUGGGCGUCUUCCAAGCAGGGCUCAAGCAGGUCUUUCCCAAGAGUGACAGGGAGGCGCAAGUGGAGAUACGUACUACCCACGAAGGCGAGGAUGAUUGAUCUUGACGCGCUUGGAAUGGCGAACAGGGCACGUUUGCAGGUAUUUUUAGAGUUUAGAGAUGGUGAUGAUUCGUCCCAUGCUCUCCGAAUGGCUGGAUGGGACUUUACAGCCGUUCAUGACUGUGUACAAUAAGCGAUGCUUGAAUACAUAUAUACAACCAAGGCAUACAGUUAUAAAAAAUUGCAUACACAGC